AUGGAGCUGCGUGGAGACUUCAUGUCCUUCGAUGACGACACCAAGUCACUGCGUGCAGAGUCCCGAAUGCUAGAAGACCAAAGGAAGGGAUACGAACAGGAGUGUGUCGAAAACUACAUGAAAACGAGGACUUCUGAUUCCCGGCUUUCCGUUGUUGACGAGAAGGAAAACAGUCGUGCAGUCAGUGACUACAUAAAAAAGCGCGGGAAACGGCGGGCGCCGUUGGCAGACGAAAUCAAACGUAGUCAGAGCACAGACAGACCUUUGGACGUCCCUCGUCGGUCCGACAGUAGCCUGACCACGCGCAGUCUACCGUCGCCGGCGACGCUGAGAACCGUGGAAGAGGAGAAAGACGAGAUAAUGAACACCCUGACGACAGCAAAUCGCCAGAAAGAGGCUGAGCGGCUACGUCAGUUGGAGAUAAUCGAAGCCAGACGCACGAAAAGACGUCAGCAAAAACAGACGACAGAGGAAAAAGCUCUGGAACUUCUUGAAAAGGCAGUUGCUAUGGAUAAAAUGCUUUCCGAACGAAAAUUGGAACAGGAUCAACAGCUGCAAGAACGACUUGAAGAUGCGAGAAGAAAACGCGCCGAAUCUCGAGUCGGUAACUACGACGACAGUAAAUCCAUGGACAGUAAAUCGAAAAGUAGGUCUGCAGAAGGGAAAGAACUCAGAGAAGACAAACGAACUGAGAGACCACCUGAGAGCGAUCGCAUCGGUGAGAAAGACCGAACGAGUGAAAGGGACGAUAAACGUGAGAAAAGAAGCGAACGGGAAAAAGAUAAAAGAGAUCGAAGUGACAGAGAGAAGGAAGAACGAAGAGGUGAGGGAGAUCGGAAAAGCGAAAAAAUCGAACGAACGAGUGAAAGUGACGGAAAACGUGAGAAGAGAAGUGAACGAGAAAAAGAUAAAAGUGAUCGAAGUGACAGAAAGAAGGAAGAACGCAGACAUGAAGGAGAUAGAAAAAGCGAAAAAAGCGAAAGCAAAAGUGAUCGUAAAGACGAUAGCAAACGUGACAAUCGUGAAAGGACAGGCGAGAAGAGUAGUGAAAGCAGAAGUGAUAGGAAAGACCGGGAAAGAACAGAGAACAAAGAAGACCGACGGGAAAGGUCCGACAGGGAACGAUCUGAUCGCUCAGACAGAAAAGAAAGGAGUCACCGAUCGAGUAAAAGUAGUUCUUCUGAAAAUAAAGAUCUUGAUGCGCCAAAGAGUGAGAAAGUUAGCAAGGAAGAGAAAAAGGCUUCUGACUACGACUUCACAAUUUAUUAAGAAUUUCAUACUGAGAAAUAUAAUUAUAUAAAGAGAAAUCGUUGCUUUAUUAGUUCAAGUCAAUUAACGAACGUCGACCAACAUAAAAUAUUAAACGGGUAAAUAAAUUCACAUGUUGUGUUAGAUUACAACAGUUUGUGUGAAUUUCCACAAAGAUACUAGUGUUAUUUGCAGUGUGAUUGUUUUCUUUUUUAAAACGAUGUUUUUUGUCUAACCAUGUUUGCUUUGAAAUAGUCAAUGAGUGUCGUAUGCUUGAGAUUACCAACUUAUUAUUUGCCCCAUGCACAUGUGUCAGCUCAUACGUAAAGCGCCGACUUACAUUUUCUCCAUGUACUCUAUGAACGUCCAUGGACGGGUUAUGUUAGACAAUUAUAGGAAAACGCGCUCCUCUCGACAACUACCUCGAAAACAUCUUAGUUACUUUCGAAAUAUGUGCGUUGUACUUUAUUUAAAUGUUGUUUCGUUAUUUUUGUUAAAAUGAAAUUUAAUUCUUAUGAUUUAGUACUCUUACCUUAUUUUAUGCUGUAAACGUAUUCAUGAUUUUAGCACACACUAUUUUAACAGGCAAUUAAAACAGCCUAAAAU